GCCUUGUUGAAUUGAAAGUCUUGGUUUUACGAAACAAUAACCUGACAGGUGAAUUAGCUUCGACCUUGAAGAAUUGCAGCAAUUUAAUUAUGUUGGAUGUGGCUAAAAAUAUGUUGUCCGGCCCCAUACCAUCAUGGAUCGGAGAAAGUAUGCAACAGUUGAUAAUCUUGAACAUGCGAGAGAAUCACUUUUCUGGAAAUCUUCCUAUUCAACUCUGUUAUUUGAACUAUAUUCAAUUAUUGGAUCUUUCGAAUAAUAUGUUAUCAAAAGGAAUUCCAUCAUGCUUAAAGGAAUUGACUGCCAUGUCUAAAAAGGGCAUCCACACACGUGGCACUCUAAAUGGUAUGUAUUUGAUAUAUAUCCCUUAUAUUAAAAUUUAUGACUAUUUUGUUGAGGAAGAGUAUUCCUUUAACAUAAGCUUGAUAUGGAAAGGUGUGGAACAGAGGUUCAAGAAUCCAGAGUUAAUUAAGGGCAUUGAUCUUUCAAGUAAUAAGUUAACGGGUGAAAUACCAAAAGAGAUUGGAUAUUUGGCUGGGUUAGUUUCUUUGAACUUAUCAAGAAAUAAUCUGAGUGGAAAAAUUCCUUCAGAGAUAGGAAAUUUAAGUUCACUGGAAUCCCUUGACUUAUCAAGAAAUCAAAUCAGUGGAGGAAUUCCUCUUCCUCUAUCCGAAAUUGACAAUCUAGGCAAAUUAGACUUGUCACACAAUUUUCUUUCUGGAAGAAUCCCAUCAGGAAGACAUUUUGAAACCUUCGAUGCAUCUAGUUUUGAAGGAAAUAUGUACCUUUGUGGUGAGCAACUUAACAAAAGUUGUUAUGGAGACGGAGAUCAAACAACAGGAAAACUUUCGGAAGCCGAAGCAAUAAAUGAUGAAGAUAGUGUUUUCUAUGAGGCAUUGUACAUGAGCAUGGGGAUUGGAUACUUCACUGGAUUUUGGGGCUUAUUAGGACCAAUACUACUUUGGAGGUCUUGGAAAAAUGCUUAUCUGGACUUCUUAAACAGAUUGACAAUCGGUAUGUAUGAACAAUGUGGCAAGUGUAGGUGACCUGAUUACAGGAAAAAGGUUAUUGCAAUUGUCCUAGGCACUUCUGAUUGAUCCGGGAAGAAGGAAAGCACGGUUGAUAGCCAUGUGUCUGAAGUU